AUCAAAGCCCACCCGCUUCCCCUGACGAACAUUGACGUGUCCAAAGAUGGUCGAAGAUGCGUCUCCGCCAGCUACGACCGAACUUGCAUUCUUUGGGACACGACCACCGGCGAGGAACUUCAAGUCUUUGAAGGCCACAAAAAUGUCGUACAGGCCGUGAUUUUCAACUUUCCGCGCUGUGAUCACAUCAUUAGCGCUAGCUUUGACCGCACGGCUCGGAUUCACAGCGUUGCGACUGGAGAGUGUCGGGCUGUGCUCAAAGGCCAUCGAGGCGAAAUUCUUUGUGUUGCCUCGGAUCAACAAGGCGACUUGGUGGCGACCGGCAGCUUGGAUCACACCGUGCGCUUGUGGGACUUUGCCACGGGCGAUGAGCUUCACACGCUGGCUGGUCAUACCGCCGAGGUGGUGUGCGUGCAAUUCAGUGCCGACGGUGUGCGGCUUCUGAGCGGCUCCUUUGAUCACACAGUCAUUCUCUGGAACGUGGCCACGGGUCGGCCGGUUAAAACACUGCUGAUGCACCGUGAAGCCAUUUCCCGCGCCGAACUUAGCUUUGAUGGUGCCUGGAUCCUCUCCGGCUCUGUGGAUCGAACUGCCAUUUUGUGGAAUACAGAUACCGGUGAACCCACGGGCACCUGCAAGAUGCCUUCGGAGGUGAUGUCUGUUGCUUUCUCCCCCUCGGGCCGGCAGUGCGCCAUGGCUACGGCGACGGGCGUGAUUCGCCUGUACACCACCGAGCCCUUUACGUUUCGUCACGAACUCGCCGAGCAUCGCGGAGAGGUUUCCAAGGUGAUGUUCAACGCGACGGGCACGCGGCUAGCCUCCAUCUGCAGUGAUCACACCGUGCGCCUGUGGUGUACCAGCACUGGUACCUGCGUCAAGGUGAGUGCGACGCUCGCCGUCUUCCCACACCCAGACGAGCUCAUUGCCAUCAAAUUUGACUACCAUGCGGACUGCUUUGUAACAGGUAUGCCAGUUGUAGCAACCAGAUUGCUUCGAUGCCAGCCCUCACUGAUCAUCAUCAACAGUUUUGCUAACACAGCGGAUUCUGCUCCUCGUGCUGUAUUUACUAGCUUGCAAGAACAACAGCAUUCGCGUGUUUCGGUGACACACUGUUGCACAGCUUGGUCAUGA